UAACAUACUUUGACUUUCUCGCCAGCUUUUAGUUGUUAAAUUUGAUUUGAUUUUAGUUAGAGCAAGUUGUACAGUAAAUUUCUUUACUUUAGUCGUCUAUUAAAAAAAUUUGAAUAUAAUUCGCCAUGGAUUUAAAUAGUCAGCCGACAGAAUAUGGCGGAGGAGCUAAUGGACGUAAUAAUAAUUGCAUCCCAUUAUCGGCUUUGGGAUCAACCGAUUAUAGAUCUUACGGCGGUGAUAUAGAGAACAAUUCGAGCAAUCAGCCCAAGAAUUUGUCCUUCGACGAUGAGAGCAUUCGACGUGGUUUCAUACGCAAAGUGUAUCUUAUUUUGUUGGGACAAUUGGUGGCUACCUUUGGAGUUGUUUCACUGUUUGUGUUCAAUGAUGAUGUCAAACUGUAUGUGCAACAAAAUUUCUGGAUCUUCUGGUUUGCCUUGAUAAUAAUGCUGAUUACCAUGCUGGCUUUGAUAUGUUGUGAAAAUUUGCGUCGUGAGACACCAACUAAUUUCAUAUUCUUAAGCGUAUAUACGAUGGCGCAAUCAUUCAUUAUGGGGGUAUCUGCCUGUCGAUAUGGGCCAAACGAGAUUCUGUUGGCAGUGGGCAUAACUGCAAUUCUUUGCCUGGCACUAACACUGUUUGCCUUGCAAACUAAAUAUGAUUUCACUGCAUCGGGCGGCAUACUCCUCUGCUGCUUAGUUAUAUUGACAAUCUUUGGAAUUGUGGCUAUAUUUGCAAAUACCAAAUUAUCCACAUUGAUUUAUGCCUCAUUUAGUGCAUUGCUGUUCUCUGCUUAUUUGAUCUAUGAUACUCAACUAAUGAUGGGUGGAAAGCACAAGUAUUCAAUAAGUCCAGAAGAAUAUAUUUUUGCUGCUUUAAAUCUUUAUCUGGACGUUGUUAACAUAUUUAUGGAUAUUCUCACUAUACUUGGUAGUUCUGAAUAAUCAUCCUAGAGAAUUGUUGCACAAAUCAAUUAAUACUCCCAAUAAAUCACUUUGUGCAACUUUUAA